UGUCUAAAGGAGACCCUAGGGCAGUUGAUAAGGUGAAAAUGUCCGUCAAGGCGACGGGUCUCCAGCGUUCUCGCUCCGACGCCGGCCGGGACAACGAGCACCGCAAGCCUCCUUCAGGUCUGGUCAAACCCUCGGCCGGAGGCUCGUUCGGUUACAAGAAACCUCUGACGACCGGAACCGCCACCGUCCUGACAGCAGGAGGCGCCACCAUCACCAGCGGCUCGGCCACCGUCGGCAAGACCCCCAAGUCCUCGGGCAUCCCCAUCAAACCCGUCCCAGGCGGAGGAGGCCGCAAAAACAGUCUGGACGCCAGCGGCUCUGAACAGGGUUUCCUGGCCCCCAACGCUCGUGGGAGCAUUCAGUACCGCAGUCUGCCGCGGCCCGCCAAAUCCAGCGCUAUGAGCUUAACCGGUCGCCCUUCCUCUCGCCCUGUCAGCGGCAGCAUCGACGCCGGUCUCCUCACCCUCAAACCCGUACCGCCUCUGGCCAGCACCAUGCCCACCAGGGGAAAAGACGGAGGCAGCUUGAAAGCGUCUAGUCGCCCGAGCACCACCGGACCCGUCAACCAGACGGACCGAGAGAAGGAGAAGGAGAGGGCCAAGGCCAAAGCCGACCUGGAGAUCAGCUGCCUGAAGGCCGAGAGCCAGAGCGACAGCUGCGCGGAGACUGUGGAGAAGAUGCAUCGUGUGCGGAGGACGAGCACGAGCAAAUACCCAGAACUGAGCUCUCCGACCAGCACGCCGAGGUUGUUGAGCACUAAGUCUCUAGUUCAUCCUCCCAGCCUGGCUCUCCUAGACAAGGUCAACUCCAACAGUCUGGACUCCUGUAUCACCAUCCAUGACCUUCCUCCGAAGAUCCCUCCCUACUCCAAGCUGCAGGACCUGGCGGGCUCCCGGGUUCCUCCUCGGCUCACCCCGAGCCCGGCUCCGGUGCUCCACAUCGACUCUCCCAGCUGUUUCUCAGGCCAGACGCUGUCGGUCAGCAGCUCCCCAAUACUCUACCCCAAGAUGUCCGGCCUGCACCGCAGCAUGGAGUCACUGCCGCUUCACAUGAGCGUCCCCGCCAAACCGGACCUGGGAGAGCGGGAUGAAGCCAGGAGCACUGGGACAUGGGGCGCUGGCAGCCGGACGUCCAUCACUUUGGGCGACAGGUGAGUUUGGGUCUGUUUGUUGGUUGAUAUUUAAAUGAGGAAAGAAUAAAGAAUGACUGAACCUGGUU